UCCAUCGACAUCCAACUGACGAAGUAAAAAGGAUUGUGCGUAAACAAUGUUACACAAGGGGGGGCCUGAGGGGUCUCAAGACGCCAAUCAAUGAUCCGUUUCGUAAUGCGAUUGCGCGUCGCACCUGUUUCCAACGUAGCGCCCAUUUCGCUUCGCGCCCGCCGAGUGUACGGCCACGGAGAUGUGAUCGAACGUUGCCUAUUUUCCCGCGAAUUGCGAACAUUUUCAAACACGAUCUUCCUCAACUGCCGAUUCUCGUACGGCAUGGUCUAAAGGUUGGAGAAAUUAGAUCCAGAUCAGCAUCAUGAGUUUUCUGAAUACUCUACAAGAAUACGUCAGUAACAGUGUAGCCGGAUUAACAUUAAAAAGUCCUAAACGGUUUUCGUUGACACGUACCGAUACUUCCGAACCGUCGAUAUCGUCGAGUUCCCGGAGUAACUCGGGGGACAGUAACACUCCGGGGUUUCCGAAAGUAAUACCGACUCCGGGCGCGGUUGCACCCAUCCAACGUCGUAGAAGUACCUUGGAGUGCCCGAUACCGAAUCCGCCGCGUCGACCCGGGUCUUUUCGACAAAAAUCUCCUCGGGCUACUCCAGAAAGGCAAUUCAACUUUUGUUGCAGAAGACAGAGCUGGCCGGAGAUUGAUCAUCAAGUUUCUUCUGGUGUACAAGAAAUCGACGGAUCGUAUUUCGAAAGUUUCACCGCGUUAGCGUGGAAACAGGAAAAUCAGAGACAGAGCAUUUUGAAAUUAACCGAAACGUCUUCAUCGGAUCCCCCGCCGCCGGAAUCGGAGCUUGGGAUCACGCCAAUCGACUAUAAUUCUUCUCAACAUGAAAAGGAUAAACUUUACGUCGAAAUGCUCUACACAAUUGCCAAUACAGUCGGAGCACCUGCCCCGGGAGGCCAAUACGCACAUUAUAAAGAGGAUCUCUAUCUAUACGGUCAGAGGGCAUUCAAUAUGCCGCCCGAUCGACAUUAUCGAAUGCUACACGUAGCCGGCGAAGAACAACCCCCCAUAGUCGUCCUCAGCGUCAUCGUUAUCGAAGCAGAAGGUUUAGAAGCCAAAGAUGCCAACGGAUUCAGCGAUCCUUAUUGCAUGCUGGGCAUCCAACCGAUGGCGGCGCCGUCUUCUCCACAACCAUUAACCCCCAACCGGACCCUUUCCGAUGUUUGUGGCGGCAUGACCGCCGAUGGUCCAUUAUCGGCGAAUCAUGGUCCUGUCGGUAGCGAGAAGCUGAGAAAACAUCACAGUUUCAAGCUGAGUUUCAAACGGAAAGACGGAAGGGUGAGGGAACAUAGAGAUAGCAUCGGGGGUGCACUGCCCGCUAAGUUUAUAAGGGCCACGUCCGUGAAACCACAUACUUUGAAUCCUAAAUGGAAUGAGAAGUUUCGAUUUGACAUUGACGAUAUCAGCAGCGAUUCUCUACAUCUGGAUAUAUGGGACCACGAUGACGAAAGCUCCGUACUCGAGGCUGUUAGUAAAUUGAACGAAGUUAGAGGAGUUAGGGGAUUGGGGAGAUUCUUUAAGCAAGUUUGUCAAUCGGCUAGGCAGAGUUCGCAAGACGAUUUCCUCGGAUGUGUGACAAUACCACUCCAAGACAUUCCCUCAACGGGUUUGGAAGGUUGGUUCAAGUUAGAAGCCAGAUCACAACGUAGUUCCGUCCAAGGUCGUAUCAAAUUAAAAAUGUGGUUGUCGACCAGAGAAACGCGAGGUGUUUCUGACGAUGACAAUUGGACGGAAUUAACGCAGCACGAAAAUUUGUUCGCCACCUUCAUAGAUUACGAACUGAGGAAUUGGGGGAGAGAAACUUGGACUUGGAAUGGCGAUUUACCGGGAAUGGCCUUGACGAUUUUACAUCAACAUGCCGUUCAAGGUGACUUGAGCGAAUUGCAAACGUCCAUGUCCAGAUUUGUCGCAGCAGCUAGAGUGUAUUUGAAGUAUCCAUUAGAUCCUAGGUGGAUGUUACAACUUUUGACCGAUAUAGAAACGUCUUGGAUGAAUUACACUUUAACUAGAGAAGAAGAAAUGUGGUUAGCCGAAAAAUUUACGGCGAUGCAAGAGCGUUGGCUUCAGCAAUUGCGACAUCACCGUCAAUUAUUUCCCGCUUUACAUUCGCCAUCUUUAACAAGACUGGAACAUAUUUUGAGAUGCUUAGCUUAUUUAUCUAAUAUGAAAGCAUUUUGGAAAUGUUGCCCUUUCAAUAAGGAGAUCCGCGGUGAAAUAGUGGCUUCCCUCAGAAAAGGAACUCCGGAAUGGUUCAAAUCACUUAAGAACGCCAUAAUGACCUCAGACGAAUACGAUCCAUCAUUCGUCGACUUCUGCUCCGAGCUGUACGUGCAACUGAAACAAGCUUUAUCCCAUUAUCAUCCCUUAUUCGAAGGUACCAACGGAAUUCCAUACUUUAGUGUAGUAUUCAAGCAACUGGACAAUCUCAUUUCCGAGGAAAUAAUAGCUUUCCUAAAUCAAAACGAACAUCCAGACGCAGCUUAUAACCGACUCAUCUUCUCCGUAUAUUUGGAAGUGAAAGAUUUAGCGACGUUUAAUCAACAUCUACCGAUGGGUGGUGAUCAUAAAUUACUUUUACCCCGUUGCCACGAAUGGUUUCAACCGUCAGUCAGUUGUUGGUUGAACGUUUGUAAAGGGAAAGCUCUACAGAGGGUUAGAACCGCGGUGGAUAUCCAAAAAACCUGCGAAGGUGAAAAGUUAGUUAGACACAGUUCUUCGGCUGUAGAUAUAGUGACGAUGUUCUGUCAAUUACGCGAUUUUUGGCGACUCCUUCAAUGGCCUAAGCAACAUUCGAUACUUCUUCUUUCUCAAUUACUCGACUGUAUUUGUUCGGCGGCGCUGUUGUACGCCGAUAUAAUUUACCAAGGACUCAUGGAGACUGGUUACUUCGAUAGACUGGGACCUUUCAAGGUCAGCGACGAGAUGUGCAUCGCGUCCAAUAAUUUAGAAUACGUGUAUAAAUUUGUAUCAUUAUUAGAAAAUUACUUCGAUUUCGUAACUUUAGAAACUAUUGCUACGGAAAUGCAAUUCGCCACGUUAACCAACCAAUUAGAUAGUACUUUAAGUCAGUUCCAAGUGAGGAUACGAGAUAUAGUUAAGAGAGUGGGACCCCAAAUGCAAGAAGCUUUAAGGAAAACGAUGUUCCACGUGGCAUGGUCGCCGGAUACGUUACCGACUAAACAGGCCGUCGAACCACUCCUCGACUAUCUUCAAGGUCACCUUCAAGCUUUAAAUAUAUCUCUGUUGCCGCAAAAUUUCCAAAAAGUCCUUCAGGAGGUUUGGGAAUAUACUUUGGCGGAAUUAAACUACCAAAUGGAUAACGGCUCGAAUAGCGACGAAAUUCCGACGAUGUUUCACGAGAAACUUCAUUCGGCACUUAAUCUUAUAGUGGAAUUCUUCCACGCAGACGGACAAGGUCUCAGCAUGCAGUUCCUUCAUUCGCCUUUGUACCAACAGAUAGAACAAAGGUUACAGUACCACAGAACUGAUACGGAAACUCUAAUGGAGAUGUUUUACAGUCAACGGCUUCAGGACCAAUUAACUAUAACUGCGAGCCCUUAUGGAGUUCUGGCUGUUAGGGCGUAUUUCAAUCACGAUUCUCUGUGUGUUGAGGUACUUCACGCGAGAGAUAUCAUCCCAUUAGAUCCAAACGGUUACAGCGAUCCCUUUGUCAUAAUAGAGCUUUUACCACAUAGAAUAUUUCCACACUGUAAUGAACAACAAACGAACGUGCACAAAAGAACUUUACAUCCAAUUUUCGACGAAUGUUUUGAAUUCAGUGUGUCUCUUGAGCAAUGUCGGUAUCCUAACACGAUGAUAGGAUUCACUGUGAUGGAUCACGAUGUUUUAACGGCGAAUGAUUUUGCCGGUGAAGCUUUCCUAUCUUUAGGAAGUAUACCAGGUGUAGCGGACACCGGAACUGGUGUCGAUAAUUUCCAUGGACUGAAACCUGUCGAAUUAAUUCUAAUGCAGCAAACUCAAAGGAAUCAUCCCAUUUUACAAAUAUUAGAAUCCAGAUGUGGAGAUCGAAUAGCCGUAGAUUUUGUUAAGAAACAGAAACAGAGAUUCGCCGUUAAGUAAAUUGACCAAUAAAAAAAAUGCUUUUCAAAACUUAUCACUCCACGCCUAAUUAUUGAUGAUUGUGUGUAAAAUCUGACAUUUGACGUCUUAACAUUUACCAGCACCGAAAACUUUUGUAAAUAUGUUAUUAUUAUAGAAUGUAUAUGACUGUAUUAAAUAUGCUGCUUUCGAAAUUUUUUGGUUUAUCUGGAAUUUAAUUUCGGAAAAUAUUCAUCUUAACCACUUUUUUUCUGAAAGAUGUUUAUCUGAUGAGAGGUGGGUACUUUCAAUUUAAACAUCUUUCAGUUAAAAAAUAAUUACUUUUUUGGUCGAAGUUGUUAUUUUCAAACUGACUGUAGUAGACGUUCCCAUCUCUAUUUCUAUAAAUUCGACAUUGAUAUUACUUUACAGUUUCCUGCGAAACGGAAAAGUUUGUAGUUGAAACUGUAGAUGGCGCGAAUAGAAGUAAAUAUAUUAAGAUACAAAAUUAUAUAAAAAACAUCGUCACUACACUUUAAUGUCAGAGAUACUAGAUAUUACCAAAUAAUUUCGAAUAUGGCAACUUGAAAUUCUAAGAGGUUAGCAGAAAAAAAAAUAAAAAACUUUCAUUAUUAAAAUCAUUUAAUAAUUUUUGAGGUUAUGAACAAAAAAACUUCGGUUUAAUUUGAAAAUAAUUAUUAUAAACAAUUAGAUUUGUUGAAAAUAUCACACAAAUAAACUAUGAGGUACAUUUCUUUUCUUUAUAAAGUAAUCUGUUAUAAAAUUCCUGUAGAAUUUAUUUAUUUAUAAUUUACUAACCUCUGAGAACAUUUUUUUUGAGUUUAAGUGUAAAUAAAUGUAUUUGAACGGCACAUCUACAAAAAAGUUUCGGAUUUUACCUUGAAAUAACAAAAAAAUAUCAUUUUUUCAACCCUAAAUGUUUCUGGAAACGGAAUUGUCUCGUAGUUCGUUUCAAAGUAAAUAUCCGACUAUAUGUGUUACAAAGAAAUACACACAAGUUUCGAGAGAAUUUAUAACUGCAACAAAAAAACUUUAAAUCUAAGUUAAAAGUCUAGUAAAAUAUGAAAAUUGUGGGAUCAGAAGAAACAACGAAUCACCGUAAAUCCUUUUCAAAAGUAAUAAACCCUUCAACUGACAGUAUGCUAAUACAAUCCGGUGUUGCCAAUGUGUAUUUUGUGAUUCAUAUAUUUUCGAUACGACAUUUACGAGAUGAGAUUUUUGUUUAUUCUACUCUUAUUUUUAUUAAAAAAUUCUGUCCAUAUUAUAUAGUUUUUUGUAUUCUGUCUACUGUCCUCUCACCAUAAUAAUGUGAAAGAUAUUUUGUGAUAAAAAUUUGGCAGCACGGCUAGGCCGGUUAGUUGUUGGGAAACAUUCAAACGUCACGUGAUCACUUAGGUCACUGAAUUUAAUGUAUUAAAACGUUACUUUGCGUAAUUUCUUUUAUAUCGCUUGAAUAUAUUAAUUUGUUACUAUAACUUCUGUGUAUUUCUUGAUAGCUUGAAUAAAUUGAUUUGUCAUUGUAAUAAAUGUAUACUUCAAAAAGAAAAAAAUGCUAUCAUAGAAUUCCUACUUUUCUAUCUAUAUUAAGGAAUUAUACCCAUAAAAUUUAAUCCGACAUAAACAAUGGCUUCUUCGUAUGUUUUUUAAAAAUAUUUUCUAUAUAUAUUUCUAUAUAAGUUGGCAGUUCGGCAACCAUAUUUUUAUAACUCAUUUAUUUACAUGUUUUAUAAUUCAAUAGAAAGCUAAGUAUUUAUAUACAAACACUUUAAACAAAGUUUUUCUUUACUACAAAAUACGACGUACGUCAUGAAUAAGUUAUCCAACGUUGCCAAAUCAAUCAAAUUAUCUAAAAGAAAAUGUGUGGUUAUGUAUAUCAUCGAUUAAUUAGCAUCUCUUUUUGUGUUUUAUUUUCUAAAAUUAUAAAUCACGAAAAAUACUAAUGAAAUAAGACUUUUGAACAAAUACUGAAAAAAGGUUUGUCUUAACCAAUUCAUAAAUAAGUCAUAUCAUUAUAAUAUAUCAACAAAGCGAAAAUACAAUAUUUCAUAUUGUUAUACAUUCUAAAAUAUUUGAAUUAUUUGAUACUCCACAUAAAAAAUACAAAAUUAUUUAUAUAAAACUCAAUUUUAUGUAAAAUUGUCGCAAUUUGUGCCUAUCUACACACUGCUCUUCGUUGGUUAUCUCAUAUUUCUCAUUCUACCCCCCUCUGCUGGUACCAGUGUUGCCAGAUCACGUAUAAUUAUCAGAUUGUAAUAUUUUUAUCGCUUCUGAUGAAAAUGUUAAGGCAACAUAGUUAUUUUUUGCAAUUUUUUAAUUUGGCUUACUGAAUUUUAAAAUUUUUUUGUGUUUUGCACCAUUUUGCUUGUUAUAAUAAAAAUAUUAUGUGAUUUAUACAGAACUCGAGAAAGCUGGUAGACAUUAAUUGGUGAAUAACAAGAAUGGAAAUUGUCUAUAGCGCCAUCUAAUAUAACCUGGUAGAAGUAAUGAUGCAGAUAUAAUAAGAUUUAUACUAAAAUUUACAUCAGAUACCGAAACAAUUUUUAAAAAUAAAAUAAUGAUACACGAAUAUUUUAUCGAUAUAAGACAUUUUAGGUAUAUAUAGAUAAGUAUAUUAUAUAUCUUACCCAUGUAUCUACCUCACUGAAUAGCUUAUUAUGUGAAGUAAUACUUAAUUUAACUUUUUAAUAAUUUCAAAUAAAAACCUGAUAAUUUUGGUAGUAUCAAUUCAUAGUAUCAUCAAAGACACCUGGCAACGCUGGUUACCGUCUGCGCGCAAAUCGAGCAUGAGCGAUGCCAACGAGGGUGUCUAAAUAGCUGGCCACACAGGAAUGAAUAGAUGUCCACGCACAAUUUAAUCAAAAACAUUUUCCUUUUUGAUGAAGACUGUAUUUGUGAUUCGAUUUAUAGAUAAUUUGUAGAAAUGACGUCAUGAUUUACGUCGUUUUUCGAAGUGAAAAUAUCUAUAUCACAGAUAGUUUUAGAGAAAACUUGCAACAAAUAUUAUUGAUUAUUGAAAAUAAACAAUAAAAAUGAUUAGGAAAAAUCUUGUGACAAAUAUUUUUAAAAUUGUGUCAUAAAUAAAAUUAGUCAUAAAAAAAAGUUUAGGAAAUAAAUUUUCUCGAUAAAACCAAUGAAGCAAUGUGUUUUCUAAAACUAUUUGUUUCAUAAAAAAUGACUUACAGGGUGAAAAAUGUAAUGUAAACAGUCUAUAAAGUGGUUUGUUAAUGAUAGGAUACAAAUUAAGAAUAAUUUCUAGAAAUUGGUCGCUAUUGUUUUAAACGGCUAUUUAAAAAGAUAAAGAGCAGAAUAAAACGAUACGUUUCAAUCUGUCUAUCGUUAUCAACGUUCUAUAUACAACUGAUAGUUCUAAAAACUGAAAAAUGACGUAAAUUAUAAAUUUGAGGUUAUAUUUUUCACAUCACAACCACUAUCAUCAUAUGAUAAUGAAGAAAUAUAUAAGUUUAUGGAUAUUAAUAACAUAUACAGUGUCCUGUUAUUAACACACCACCAGGUAUUAUUUAAAAAAUGAGACAAUCCCUUCAAUCAAUUACACGAAAAACUCAUAUCAUUAAAAUAUAUCAGAAAUUGAAAAAAUUUAUCACUAUAUUUUAUAUGGUUAUACAACCCAAUAUAUAUAUAAAAUAGUCCCACAAGAAGAUACUUUAUUAUUAUUUAUAUCAAAUAUAAGAAAAAGUCGGUGACCUCGAAUGCCUCCAAUUCCCUUCCACUUCUACGUCAGCUGGUAGCGUUUACUUACAGAUCCGGCACAGCAACACAGCAUUCUUCGUCUUUGUCCUUGACGUGUUAAACGCGUAAAACCUAAACCUAUUUAUGAUCUUCUCUUGUAAGAUUAAUUUAAUACUAUAUUUCUAUAUUUUUAUUUUUUCUAAAUCAUUAAAAUAAUAUAUUUAACUAUACUAGUUGUUUUGCUGGUGUCUUCCAUUAUUUAUUAAUUAUUUAAUCCAUCAUAUAUACACUAACUGUGUUGUAAUAAAAAAAUAUCAAUUCCCAUAAGAUUUCUAAAAAAGCGCAAUGGUGGGCGAGAAAACAGUGGAACAAAAAUACUGCAAAAUCAAUAAAAAUGCACAAAAGCGAUCUGGCAACAGUGUCGGCUAUAAUCUAUUGAUUGCGAGAAAUGAAAUUAUCCAUAGGUAAAUGUCGUAUCGAUACGUUCCAACUGUUAGUAAAUAUAGUUAUUAAAUAAACAAACUUUUGAAAUUAUUUCCAAUAUGAGCACCAUGGACUAACAUAAUAAAGAUAAAAUAAGUCAUAUAUGGUCACCCAAUGUAAUCAGUAUCCUCGAUAUUCAUCUGAAAAAGAAGAGAGCAAUGGUGUACACUGUAACUACCCGCCACUGCUCUAAUUCGCACAAGUUUUUAGAAAUGAUUUUAACCAUUACAUCGAUUUCAUGUAAACAGAAGAAAAAACAAACUUUUCGAAUGGGUCAAAAAUAUUGAAUAUCAAAACCAUAUGUUUAGAUUUUAGAUUUAUAAGUUUUAAUUUCCAUGUAAAUUUUUCUAUCUUUAUACGUGACGAACACAAAUUAGUGCUUGCAAUAUUCACUUUUUUGUUUCUCUAAAAAUGUUAUUUGUUUCAUUCUAUCGAGCUUAACGUACUGUAUGUCAAUUGAAAUAAGAAAAAAAUAUAUAUUUUCCAUAAAGAACCAGACCAAUAUUUCAUAUUAUCUAAAGAAAUAAGUAUAUACAAGGGUCGAAAAUAGGUAUGUUAUUCUUUUAUAAAUGCUGUUCAAUACACAUUAAAUUUAUAUAUUUGGAUUCACUUCAUUCCACAUGAUUAUUAAGAUGGUCAAAUUCACAAGUUAAGAAAAAUCUCACCCUAUUUUUCCUUGUUUAUUUCCCAUUUAAUAAACCAAAUUAUUUUGUUAAUGUUACUAACACAGACUGACUGAUUUUCACUUCUCAGCUCGCGCCAUUUCGAACAUCUGAUGAAUGCGGCGUUGCCAUGAUUAUGUUGUAAUGUCACCAAUAAUUAAAUUUUCACAUAUUACUUGAACAACUUGAUUCUGAUAAUAGGAUAACGGUGAUUCAUUUAAAGAAAUAGAUAACUUCGAAUCGCAUGCACGUCAGAAACAUAUACAGGAUGUCAAAUCGUAGUUUUCAAGGUUUUAAUAUUUUGAAGCAUAUUAACUUGGACUAAAUUUUGUCAAUUAAUUCCUAGCAGUUUAAAUAGGAUUCCAAAAGUGUUACCCUGUAUAUACAAAAAUGAAACGGUUACGAAAACUUUGUGGUUUUGAAAUUUGGUCUAGUUCUUAAUUAUAUCUAUGGAUGUGAUAUAUCCCCAUUGUCUUUGUUAUCUCCGCAAUAAAGAUAUAUAUCAAAAUCAA